AUGGAGCCUCUUCCCUCGCAUCGCGAAUUAAUUACAGACCUCAUAUGUUCCAUUUCGGCCAUCACACCAUCAACGGCAGAUGGCAUUUCAUCUACACAGCCGCCUCGAGCUGCUCAAUCGCCCACACUUUCACCACUCCAAGCAAUCUCUCCGUCUCAACGGCCUCUACUCUUGACUCUUCAUGUAUUAUUUCCGACCCUUUUACUUCCAGCCUUAGAUCUUCUCGAUCGGGGACUCAUCACCAGGCUAGCGGGCAAUCAGGAACCUCACGACGGCAGUCCUUUGGACAUGAUGAAGAACGACGUAUUUCUGGUCCGUUCACUUGCUACGACAAUCUCACGCCGCUCUCGUGACGUCAAUCUAUCACCUAAACGCUACAUCGUUCAUCUCAACGCAUGGAAUUGUUCAUGUGCAAGCUUCACAUUCGAUGCUUUCCCCGCCCACCCUAUAUCGACGGCAGACGAAGCACAGCAGGUACCCUCUGAAGAAGGGCUAUGGUCUUUUGGAGGCACGAGUAUGGAACUAGAAGGAGAUACACCGCCAUGUUGUAAACAUUUACUCGCCUGUUUGCUUGUGGACAAGUGGUCAGAAAUGCUGGGCAUGUAUAUUGAGAAUCGGGUCGUUUCAAGUGAAGAUAUGGCAGGUAUCAUUGCGGACAUGUGA